UAGCUUUUCGGUCUGGUUGUAGUUAGUGAGAUGCACUGUUUUUUGUUUUGUUUAAGCACAAAGCUGCAUAGUGGGCUAUCCUCUCUCAGCCCAUCGCAUGGAUCUAACUCCGAAUUUUAUCGUCUUAUGCCCAUAGUUUGCAGCUGAGUCACCUGAGAUAUACAAUUGCUAAACAUGAAUAACGCAAAACAAAAUAAAAUAGAAUACAAUUUAUAUUAGUGUAAAAUUUGAUAUUCAUCGACUGAUUAUCUUUAGAAACUUGGUGAAAUUGAUAAACGUAUGAUACACGUAAUAGAAGACAUUUUCUGAUGUUUAGACUAUUCUACAUGUGGUUACGGCAUGGAUGAAGUGAUAGAAGAAGUUAACAAACCUGGUGGAACGAGGGCAGAAAAACCUUGGCCUUGGAUGGCUGCUGUGUAUUACAGAUUAGAAGAGAAAGAAAAGUUCAGGUGUGGCGGAUCGAUAGUAGGCAGAGAAUGGAUACUCACAGCGGCACAUUGCUUACAAAAUAAGGAUCCGCAAACGAAAAAAAUCCGAAAUCUCCUACCAGCUGAUAUCACCGUUAAGUUGGGUGUGCUGAAUGUACAUAACAGUUCAGAUCUUGAAGAGUUCGAAGUAGCAGAGAUACAUCGUAACGAGAACUACAACUUCACUACAUAUGACCAUGACAUUGCCCUGCUAAAGUUGGGUCGUCCCAUUACUUACAAGCCUUACGUUCGACCAAUUUGUCUUCCGUCAGUUGAUGUUCCGGAGAAUUCGACUCUAUACAUGCCAGGACAGAGUGCUUUCGCGACCGGAUGGGGCUAUGAUCAACGAGUAGCAGUAAAUGAGAUAAUGCCUUUAAAAGGUGUAGACCAGCUGAAACAGAUCCUCUUGCCCCUUCAAAGCCGGGAAACAUGCCUAAAAAGUUUAGAAAAUACUAAAGACCCAAUGACUCAUUUUAUGAUUUGUGCUGGAGACGGAAAAGGUAUUGCAGACACUUGUCAAGGAGAUAGUGGCGGUCCACUGGCACAAUCAAUACUUGACGAAUCAGGCAUGAACUAUUGGAUUCAAAUCGGAAUCGUCAGCUGGGGACACGGUUGUAAGAAUAGGGGCCAGUACGGUUUUUACACUCACGUGGCAAAACUCAGAACGUGGAUUGACAAGGUCAUGAACUUGUGAAAGUCACCUUAUAACGUUUUCGCUCAAAUUGCAAUAUUAAUAUAAAAAAAAUUGAAUAUUAAAGGUUUUUCCUACUUUCAAAAAUUUGAGAAAGCAAUUCACAGUAAAUAGAUAUGAGGUAAUUCUCUUGAUGAAGCUAUUUAUGUUGGUUGUUUACGCUACUAAUAUUUAUUUUAUAUAUAUAAAAUGAAUCUUGUACUAAUCCACUAGUUCUAGAAGAAUAAAUAUAUAUAGUUAUUGUGUUACAGGAAA